AUGUCUGAAGCAAUAAGAAACGAGAACAAGAAGCCUGAGAAGCACGAGUUUGGCGUCGAAGUGCCGCAGCUGAUGUCGAUGUUCAUCAACUCCGUCUACUCCUCGAAGGACCUCUUCCUGAGGGAGGCCGUGAGCAACGCGUCUGACGCCUGCAAAAAGCUGUUUGACUCCAAGGCGCAGUUUGACAAGGAGGGCUACGAGACGGUGGCCUACAACGCCCUGAAGAUUGAGAUUGUCCCAGACAAGGACAACCGUACGCUGGUGAUCCGUGAUAACGGAAUUGGAAUGACGAAGGACGAUCUCCGAAACUACCUUGGUUCCAUUGCAGCCAGUGGAACAGCCCUGUUUCGUGAGAUGCAGAACAAGGCUGGUGCCCAGGUCGACGACCUGAUUGGGCAGUUUGGCCUUGGCUUCUACUCGCUGUUUCUGGUGGCUCAGCGCGUAGAUGUCGUCACAAAGAGCCCUCGCGACUCCGCCUACGUCUGGUCGUCAGAUGGCUCAUCUGGCUACACAAUUGAAGAAUGCGACUCAUUUGAUGGCAAACACGGAACAGCCAUCUACUUGCGACUGAAAGACGGUGAAGACGAAUUCCUUGAUUCAAACAGGCUGAUUGAGCUGGUCAAGAAGCAUUCGAUGUACAUUCGGUAUCCAAUUGCUGUUGAAUGCGAGAAGAAGCCUGAGAAGAAGGAGAAAGAGAAUGGAGACGUAGAGGAAGUUGAAGAGGUGAAGGACAAGGUGGAUGAAAUCAAAGAGAAGGAGAUGAAGAUUGCGAAUAGCGAUGUUGAGGUCUGGAACAAGAAGAUCUCUGAUAUCCCUGAAGAAGACCUGAAGAAGUUCUACAAGCAGAUUUCAGGUGACUACGAUGACUACCUGGCAGCUGAGUCAUUUCACCUUGAGGGGAUUGUGGGGGUGAAAGUGCUCCUCUUCAUCCCAAAGAGGCAGAGAAUGAACUUCUUCCAGAAACAGGACGAGAAGGCAAGAAACAUCCAGAUCUACAACAGCAGCGUCUUCAUCACAGACGUGCUGCCCCGUGACGUGGUCCCGGAGUGGAUGGGAUUCGUAGUUGGCGCUGUCUCCUCCUCUGAUUUCUCCCUGAACAUCUCUCGUGAAUUCCUUCAGGGUAAAACAGCCCUGAAAAUACUCAGAACUCGCCUACCAAAAUGCAUUGCCACGAUGAUCAAGAAUCUGAGUCAGGAGAACUUCGAUAAGUUUGUGGUUGAAUUCAGCAGAAACCUGAAGCUGGCAGUGAAGGACACCACUGAUCAGGUGCAGACGUCAUUUGCGCAGUUUCUUCGCUAUCCAACCAAUCAGAAUCCAUCAGAGAAGAUCAGUCUGAACGAGUACUGCAACAGAAUUGGAAAGGAAGAGAAGCAGAUUCUGGUUCAGACUGCCCUGACUCAGAAGGAGGCUGAGACAAGCAUCUACCUGGAUGGAUUCAAGGACAGAACUGUUCUACUGAUGGGUGAUCCAUUUGAUGAAAUCAUGCUUCAGGGCUAUAGGAGUCACAAUGGCCUUGAAUUCCAGAAUAUCGCAAAAGAGGGUGUUCUGGGCGAGGAUGGGACUGAGACCAAGGCAGAGGAGUUUGAUGGCUACGCUGACUUCAGCAAGGAGAUCGUACGCAUUCUCGAGAAGCAGGUUGAGAAGGUGAUUGUGAGCAAGAGAUUCAAGGGAGUCCCUGCCUCCAUCCUGAUCACCAAGUACGGAUACACCCCAACAAUGGAGACGAUUCUCAAGGCCAACUCAUCGACUGAGCACAACAUGAUGCUACAGAUGCUCGAUGGGCAGAAGAAGAUUGUUGAAAUCAACCCAGAAAACAGGUUCAUUCAGAAGAUCAAGGGUGAGUUUGAUAAGAAGAAUGCGACCAAGGUAGAAGAGUACGUCAGAUUCCUAUGGCAGUCAACUGCUAUUGGAUGUGGAUUCCCAGUAGAAGACAAGAAUGGAUUCAUUAGGACAAUGUAUGAGUUGAUGGAGUAG